AUGGCUCAAUCGUCGAAACGGAAAAAGAACUUGAAGGAUUCAGCUGAUGCCCCACUCGCGGAUCAUCAAUAUCUUUGCUCUUGCAACAAUCCGGUGAAUGAUAAUGAUAAUGCGUUAGCAUGUGACGGCUGCGAAAGAUGGUAUCAUAUUGAUUGUUUAAAAAUAUCUCUUGAAAUUUAUCAAGCGUUUGGGAUCUUAGCUGAAGCUAAAGUUCAUACUAAUUGGCUCUGUCCUGCAUGUGUUGCUAAUCCAUGUGUUGAAAAAGUUCCGACUCGUUGUUUGCAAAUGCUAUCAUCACGUGUCGACAAAAUGGAACAUAGUUUAAAAGACAUUAAACAACAACUUGAACUAGCAACGGAAAAUCUUGAGCGUAAAAAGAGAAAAAGAAAUAUAAUCGUAAAGAAUCUUUAUCCGGUUGAUAAUGUUAGUGAUCGUGAUCUAUUCGGAAAAUUCAUACAAGACCAACUCGGUAUUACCAUUCAUCCAUCUAAUAUUGAUUCUGUUUGGCGUUUUAAGACAGGAUCCGUUGUCAAUAACAAUCGUGCACCAAUACUUGGUGUUAGUUUAAACGACUUUUCGUUACGUUCCUCUAUUUUGUUCAAUGCAUCUAAGCUCAUGAACUCAUCUGAUAAUAAUGUGAAGUCCGUUUAUAUAAGUAAGCAUUUAACAUUAAUCCAAUCUCAGAUUGCUUACGAACGUCGUCUACAACAACGUAACCGUUCGCAAACACAAGACCAACAACAAGAGUCAUUGUUACCUACUUCCAAAACACCCUCUACUCCAUCGUCUAUACCCAAAGCAGUUUCUUAUCGAUCGUACUCUAAUCCACCCAUCAUUCGUCGAUCAAUUCGCUUAUCGGGUAAUAAACAAACAAUUAUUAAUAUUAAUCAUCAACAGUCGAGUGGCAAUCAACAAUCGAGUGGCGUCCCGAUCGAGUGA